GUAAACUUUAAAGAUGGCGGAAAAUAUUGAACCAGAGAACGCGCUUGAAGAAAAUGAAAAUGAAAACGACGCUGUUAUAUCUAUGGUUGAUUAUUUGAAAGAAGAAGAAGAAUUGGAAAACGAUGCAAAUGCUGUUUUAGGAGGAAGUGAUGACACACAAUGCACAUAUUCGUUGGCCAGAGUUUUAAAUCGCAGGAAAAAGCCUUAUGAUAAGGACAACCUCAAGAGAGCUUUUGAUGCUACCCUCAAAGGAAUGUCGGUGUAUCGAGCCUCAAGGCUCUACAAUAUCCCUGAGUCUACGUUAAGGGACAGAACAAGGUACAAAGUGGACAUUGACUGUAAACUAGGAGCAGAGAGACUCUUAACCUGUGAAGAGGAGAGUAAAUUGGCAGACCAUAUUCUUUUAAUUGCCAAGAUUGGGUACAGAUGUUCAGUGAAUGACAUAAGAUGCAUGGCUGCAGAUUUUGCCCGCUCUCUGGGGAAGAAUGUUAGGGCCAAGGGAAAGCUUAGCUCUGACUGGUUUUAUGGAUUUGAGCAGCGUUGGCCUCAACUAAAAGCUUUAAAGCUGAAGAAGGUUGGUCUUCCACGGACAAAGACCACAUCUGAGGUCAUCAUUGACGGCUACUGCAGGGAGCUAGGCAGUAUUCUACAUCGCAAUGGUCUGCUUGAUGCCCCAGAACGUAUAUGGAUUGUGGAUGAGUCCAGUUUCUCAUCAGAACAUUCACCCUCAAAGAUUGCAAAAGAUUCAAAAGCCCAAGUAGUGACCUCUCUCCCGGCUAAGACAGUUACCAUGGUGGUUGGUAUCAAUGCUGAAGGCAACCAUGCCCCACCCUUUUACAUUUUCCCAGGGAAGAGAUGGAAUGACAGCUUCUUGGAAGGCACAGUGGCAGGUUCAGUGGGAAAAAUGUCAGGCAGCGAUUGGAGUAAAAUGGGCAUAUUUGAAGAGUAUGUGACAAGCCAUCUAGCCCAGUAUGCGGCCUUGAGUGUGAACACUGGUGACAACCCAAUCACACUAAUAUUGUAUGAUGGACACAAGAGUCAUCUUUCUCUGACACUGACCACAUGGGCAGUGGAAAGAAAUGUUAUAUUGUUUGUUCUACCCACACACUCCAGACAUCUCACACACCCGCUAGAUAUGGGGGUGUUUGGACCUAUGAAGGAGUUUUAUCAUAGUGAAUGCCUUUCCUUCUUGUGUUCCAACCCAGGAAUGUCCAUAAAACCCAGAGACAUUGGUAGGCUCACUGCUAAGCCCUUCACUGAGGCAUUCUGUGUGGACAACAUUACAUCAGCCUUUAGGAAUAUGGGCAUAUAUCCUUGCAAUGUCAAUGAAAUUAAUGAUGUUCAGACAGCCCCAGUUACAAUACACGUCAAUACACACAUAAAGCAGAGCGACCAGGUCUCUGAGGUGGUGGCAGGACCAAGUACAUGUACUGACAAUGCAACAUCAUUAUUGAACCCCAGAAGAAGAACAACAGUAAUGAGGCAACCUAAAAAGAAAUUACCCCCACCAGUCAAGAUCAUUAGAAAUCUCAAUAAAAAUGAAUGAAUAUGAUACCAUUUGUUGCAUAUUGACAGUUAAAAUUGGCCAGCACUUGAAUUUAUCUGUCAUAUUUAUUUUAUAUGAUGGCUAAAAUUCCAUGUAUUUAACUGUUAUAAAUGUUAUUACUUUAAAUGUUACAUCAGAUCUUAGUUUGUUCUUGUUUGAUGUAAUAUUUCUGUUAUCUAACCUUUUUUCUGCAGACACAUCAGAUGAGAAAGUAAAUUACAACUACAACGAAAAUUUGCAAAUCUGAAACAAUUUUUUCAAUUUAUCAAAAAGUGAAAUGGUCCCUUUUAGUAAGGAAACAGAUUUUUAUGCUCCCCGAAAUAAAAUUUCGGCGGAGCAUAUAGUUGCCAGUUUGUCCUUACUUCCUUCCGUCACUCUUUUGUUACUGUUUCUCAAAGCGCCUUCAAUACUUUACCGAACUCUUACAUAUUUGCAAUGUAGGUAACUUGCAUGGACCUCUACCUUUUGAUGAGGUCACUGGGGUCAAGGUCACCGAGGCUAAUAUUUUUUUUUCCGCCACGCUUUUGUUAACCAGGUUUUCCGAAGGAAAAAACUGGUUAUUAGAUUGGUGAAUGUUGGCGGGGUUGCGGGCGGGUGGAACAAUCUUGUCCGGGCCAUAACUUUGUCGUUCAUUGUGAGAUUUUAAAAUCAUUUGGCACAUUUGUUCACCAUCAUUAGAAAGUGUGUCGCGCGAAAGAAUUACGUCGAUAUCUCCAAGGUCAAGGUCACACUUUGAGUUCAAAGGUCAAAAUUGGCCAUAAAUUAGCUUGUCCAAGCCAUAACUAUGUCAUUCAUUGUGAGAUUUUAAAAUCAUUUGGCACAUUUGUUCACCAUCAUUCGACGGUGUGUCGCACGAAAGAAUCACGUCAAUACCUCCAAGGUCAAGGUCACACUUUGAGUUCAAAGGUCAAAAUGGCCAUAAAUGAGCUUGUCCAGGCCAUAACUAUGUCAUUCAUUGUGAGAUUUUAAAAUCAUUUGGCACAUUUGUUCACCAUCAUUGGACGGUGUGAAAGAAUUACGUCAAUAUCUCCAAGGUCAAGGUCGCCACGAUUAAAAAUAGAUUUAUUUUGAAACAAAGAGGGUUAAUUAAGAAAUAAUCGACAGUAACCGUUGGUUAUUGCGGUAAUAACCAACGGUAUGGAGUUCCGAUGUGUGGGAAUUAAACCACGAGGGCGUAGCCCGAGUGGUUUGAUAACAAGCAUCGGAACAACAUAUUGUUGGUUAUUACUGCAAUAACCAACGCUUACAAGUUGUUUAUUUUGAUUCUAACAUGAUUUCGUUAAUAAGUUAUCUGCAAUAUAAAGUUUAUUAAAUUAAAUGAGAAUUACAUUAACCGAACGCCUCCACUUUUCCACGAAAACGUGAUGUCACCAUAACAAUGACAAUCAAAUGACGUUGUCUUCAUUCAUAAACAGUGCGCGGACAAUCAAAGUGACGUCAUACUUAUCUCCGUUGGUAUAUCGGGGUAAUAACCCACAGUAGUUUGCCUUCCUGUAUAUAGAAAACAAGUUACUUGCCCUGGUAGAAUUAUAAACAAUCAGUUCAGUUUGAGUUGUCUCCCUUUAUCAGACUUUGAAAACCUUGGUUUUGUGACAAUUUUGUCCCUUGUUACAGUUUCUCAUAGGGCCUUCAAUACUUUACAGAUCUCUUUCAUAUUUGGCAUGUAGGUACCUUGCAUGGACCUCUACCUUUUGAUGAGGUUUAAGGUCACUGGGGGUCAAGGUCACCGAGGCUAAUAAUAGAUUUUCCUUCACACUUUUGUUACAGUUUCUAAUAGCGCCUUCAAUACUUUACCGAUCUCUUACAUAUUUUCAAUAUAGGUACCUUGCAUGGACCUCUACCUUUUAAUAAGGUUUGAGGUCACUGGGUUCAAGGUCAAGGUCAUUGAGGCUAAUAAUAGAUUUUCCUUCACCCUUUUGUUACAGUUUCUAAAAGCGCCUUCAAUACUUAACCAAUCUCUUACAUAUUUGCUAUGUAGGUACCUUGAAUGGACCUCUACCUUUUGAUGAGGUUUGAGGUCACUGGGGUCAAGGUCACAGAGGCUAAUAAUAUAUUUUCCGUCACGCUUUUGUUACCGUUUCUCAUAGGGCCUUCAAUAAUUUACCAAUCUCUUUCAUAUUUGGCAUGUAGGUACCUUGCAUGGACCUCUACCUUUUGAUGAAGUGUGAAGUCACUGGGGUCAAGGUCAAGGUCACCGAGGCUAAUAAUAUAUUUGUCCGUCACACUUUUGUUACAGUUUCCCAUAGCGCCUUCAAUAUUUGGCAUGUAGGAACCUUGCAUAGACCUACCUUUUAAUGACGCUUGAUGUCAUAUGGUGUCAAGGUCACAGAGGCUAAUAAUAUAUUUUAUUUAGGUGGUUGUUAACACAUAGGUUGAAAAAGCGCAUCAUCAGGGAGCAUCCAUCGUUUUCAAUGAUACUUCUUGUUUAACUUUGUUAUGCAUGUAAUAAGGGUUUAAUAAUGAUGUUGUAAUAUAAUAUGUACUGACCCAAAAGCCUUCCAUAAAAUUGAUUGUUGAUAAAGUCAUUUCAGUUGAUAUAAAACACUUUUUUGUAUUGCUUGAAAAUAUUGUUAUUACUUUAGAUUUGAUUAAAAGUUAGAAGAAGAAA